CCAAAGCCUUAUUCCUUGAUCACAAAAUCGAACAACCAAAAGCAUAAUGCUAAUUUGGAUGGCCCCAAGGCUGCUUCCGCUUUUACUUUUUCUUGUUUCCUUCAACUUUUCCUUGUCAUUGGCAGCAUCAGAUCCUGCCUACCAACCCCUUUUCCAAUGCUUAAGCCAAUCAAUCCCAUCCGAUGAUGUUUCCAGCAUACUCUUCUCUAAUUCCAACCCUUCCUAUGCAUCAGUCUUGCAAGCAUAUAUCCGCAACGCUCGUUUCAAUACUUCUUCCACGCCCAAACCAGUCAUCAUUAUCACUCCUUUGGAGGAAUCCCAUGUCUCUGCAGCGGUAAUCUGUUCCCAAAAGGUUGGUUUCCGACUCAAAAUCCGCAGCGGUGGCCACGACUACGAAGGCUUAUCUUAUAUUUUCGAUGAGCCGUUUUUCGUUCUUGACAUGUUUAAUCUGCGCUCGAUAUCUGUUGACAUGGCAGACGAAUCGGCCUGGGUUGGGACCGGCUCAACACUUGGUGAACUUUACUAUAAUAUUUGGGAGAAGAGCAAGGUCCAUGGAUUUCCUGGUGGGGUUUGUCCCACUGUCGGCGUUGGUGGGCACUUCAGCGGUGCCGGUUACGGUACCUUGAUAAGGAAAUAUGGUCUGACAGUGGACCAUAUUGUGGAUGCAAAAAUAGUUGAUGUUAAUGGAAGAAUUCUAGACAGAAAAGGCAUGGGAGAGGAUCUUUUCUGGGCUAUAACAGGCGGGGGAGCGGCCAGUUUUGGUGUGGUUUUAGCCUACAAGAUUAAGCUUGUUCCUGUCCCUGAGACGGUUACUGUUUUCAGACUUGAAAGAUUAUUGGCAGACAAUGCCACUGAUGUUGCUUUGAAGUGGCAAUCUGUUGCUCCAACAACAGAUGAUAAUCUCUUCAUGAGGAUGCUUUUGCAACCGGUAACGAGGAACAAGCAAAAGACGCUCCGAGUAACGGUUAUUGCAUUGUAUUUGGGGGAUGCUAAUAGCCUAGUGGCCUUGUUGGGCAAGGAAUUCCCUGAACUGAGCCUGAAGAAAGAGAACUGUACGGAGACGACUUGGAUUGACUCUGUUCUUUGGUGGGCUAAUUUCGAUUUCGGAACAUCACCUACUGCUUUACUCGACAGAAACCUGAACGACGCUGAUUUCCUGAAGAGGAAGUCAGAUUACGUGCAGACUCCAAUUCCUAGAGAUGGGUUGGAAUCGCUGUGGGAAAAGGUGAUUGAAUUGGGAAAAGUCGGCUUGGUUUUCAAUGCAUACGGAGGGAGAAUGAACGAAAUCAAGGCUGAGGAGACUCCAUUCCCUCACCGUGCCGGGAAUUUGUACAAGAUCCAGUAUUCAGUGAACUGGGACGAACCUGGAAACGAGGCAGAUAAGAACUACACAACUCAAUCAAAGAUACUUCACGAUUUCAUGACUCAGUUCGUGUCCAAGAAUCCAAGGAGUGCUUAUUUGAAUUAUAGGGACAUUGACAUUGGUGUCGCUGAGAAUUGGACCGUCGAGGAGGGCAAAGUUUAUGGGGAGAGUUAUUUUAAUGACAACUAUGAGAGACUGGUCGAUGUGAAGACUGCCGUUGAUCCCAAGAAUUUCUUCAGGAACGAACAAAGCAUCCCUCCUCGCACAAGUAAGACAUAGAAGAAAAAUGACAUUGUCAAUUAUUACACCAUAGCUUUUAGUGAGAAUAUAGCUGAUGGGUUGACGAUAGAUCAUAAUUCAUCAUUUCUUGCUAUAAUUGUGACAAAGUUAUAAUUGGUUAUUUUCUAGUUAUACUUAUCUUUUAAUUUCCAGUUUG